GAAUAUUGAAUAAUGGUUGUAUUUGGUGGAGACGAAGUAUCUGCGCUCGUAUUCGAUAUUGGAUCACGGCUGACAAAGGUUGGCUAUGCAGGAGAAGAUUCCCCAAAGGGUGUAUUCUCGUCAUUUGUAGGUCAUGUUCACACCGAUUCUGGCAACAAAGAAGCAUCUCUCACGCCAAUGGAUGUGGAUGUAGACUCGACCUCGGAUAAGCAAGCCAGCCAACCGUCUAAAUCCCAACCAAAGAAAAAAUACUUGGUAGGGGAUUCACAGAUUUACAAGUGGCGAGAGAACUUUCAUGUCAAAACUCCUUUGGAAGACGGUGUUGUAAGCGAUUGGGAUGCACUCGAGGCUAUUUUUGAUCAUACUUAUUCGACUGUGCUAUGUGCUGAUUCUACUGAGCACCCAUUGAUGUUUUGCGAGUCAUCAUGGAAUCCUCGCGAAAAACGAGAAAAACUAUGCGAGCUAGCUUUUGAAAAGUAUAAUGUUCCUGGGUUUUAUCUUGGGCGAAGCGCUGUUCUUUCAGCUUUUGCUGCUGGAAAGUCGUCUGCAUUGGUGGUGGAUUCAGGCUCAUCAUCGACAAGUGUUGUUCCUGUGCACGAUGGCUACGUUUUGAAAAAGGGCAUUCAAAGAGCUCCAUUAGGAGGAGAUUUUGUAUCUGAGCAAAUUAAACUACAUCUUGAAUCGAUUGGUAUCAAUUUAAUUCCCCAAUAUCUAGUCGAAAGUAAAAUGGCAGUGGUUUCCGGUACACCAGCCAACUUUGUUGCUGCCAAUCGCCCCAACACCACUCCAAGCUAUCAUGAUUUUGGCAUGGAGUGCUUGCUCCAAGAAUUUAAAGAAACCAUUUUACAAGUUUCCGAAACGCAGUUUGAUGAAAAAGUGCUAAAGAGACGUCCACCAAAGAAUUUUGAAUUUCCAAACGGUUUCAACCGAUCCUUUGGUGUUGAUCGCUUCAGGUGCGUUGAAGGUCUUUUUCAGCCCGGAUAUGUUAUCAAGAAUCCCAACGCAAUGUCUACCGAGACCAAUACAGCGACUAUUCCCCAGCUGAUUCAUUCCAGUAUAGGCGAGUGCGACAAUGAUUUACGUAGCAAUUUUUACAACAGCGUAGUGCUUACAGGAGCCAACACGUUGUUACCUGGAUUUGCUGAUCGACUGUAUUCAGAAUUACAUCAUGGUGUUCCCGAGGUUCGUAUCAAGGUACAUGCUGCAGGCGGAUCGACAGAGCGGAAAUUUGGUCCUUGGAUUGGUGGAUCCAUCAUGGCAUCACUAGGCAGCUUUCAUCAGCUGUGGAUUUCCAAAGAGCAGUACGAAGAAAUGGGCAGCUCGGUUGAGAAGCGCAUUCAUUAAAUAAAUCCAUUCGUUACAAAUCUCGAC